AUGAGCGGCUCUAGCGACAACAGAUGGCGGGGUGGGCCCAGUCGCCAGGCGUCGCAGCGCAACUCGAACAACCGUGAUAAAACAGGAGGACAGGGAAGCGCACGCGAUAAUAAUGCUGCUUGGGGCGCAUCCAAACCUCCGCAGGAACCACAUGUCCCUGUCCGAGGCUUCAAUGCCGCAGAGGUUAAGAACAGUCUGAAGCCAGGGCCUCAUGAAGCCAAGUCGUCGACACCCUACAAGUCUCAUUCUAAAGACGGCCAUACCCAACGAUCUACUGCCUGGGGUCCCAAGGGUACAGUCUCCCUUCGAUCACAUUAUACCCUUUGA